CACAACCAAAAGCCUUUGAACUUCAAAAACUAGUAUCUUAUUUUCAACCUUCUUUUCACAACUUCCUCUUCAGAAGCAUCAAAGCAUAACAAUGGGUUUUCAUUUAGCUGGUAUCAGAAAGAUGUCUCUUUCAGCUUUCCAAGCAUCUUCAAAAGCCAUGGAUGUGCCAAAGGGCUACCUUCCCGUCUAUGUUGGAGAGAAAAUGAAGAAGUUCUUCAUCCCUGUAUCAUAUUUGAACCAACCUUCAUUUCAAGAUUUGUUGAGUCAAGCUGAGGAAGAAUUUGGUUAUAAUCAUCCAAUGGGUGCUCUCACAAUUCCUUGCAGAGAAGAUGUAUUCUUAGAUACCACUUCUCGCUUGAUUAGGUGCUAGUUCCAUGAUGAUGAAACUGACAUAGAUGUACAGUAAACUUGAUCCAUUUUUGUAACACUUUCUUUCCAAUAGUUUUGUUACCUUAAUUGCUGAGAGUAAAAAU